UUACGAAUCAGCAUAUAUAGUGGACCAUUUCUCAGUUAGCUCACUACAAAGCACAAAGGCCAGAGCGAAGGCCACUCCAAUGGAUCACUCCACCUCCCUGCUCCGGCUCAUCUUCCUCGCCCUCGGCGCAGCCCUCGUCGUCCUUGUCGUUCGCUCCGCGUUCCGCCUUCCCGGCGACAUCGACACGACUACGACCUCUCUGUUCGAUGAUGGCAACGGCGGCAGCUGCACCAGGUUCUCGCCGUGGGCGUGCCGGCAAGGGCGGGGCGACCCGAGGUCGAACCCGUCCAACCCGCGGCGACCGUCGCACGAGUCCGACGUGCCGCGGCACCCGCUCGACCCACUCACGGUGAGGGAGGUGAACCGCGUCCGCGAGCUCCUCCGCGCGCACCCGCUGUUUGCGUCGGCGCCGUCGUCCCUGUUCGUGCACUCGCUGGAGCUCGACGAGCCGGAAAAGUCCGUCGUCAAGAGCUGGCGGAAGGGCGCCGACCCGCUCCCGCCUCGCCGCGCCGUGGCCGUCGUCCGGUUCCGCGGCGAGUCCCACGUCCUCGGCGUCGACCUCAGCGAGGGCGACGGCGCGGUGACUCCUCUGCCUGUCCCUGCCUCCGGUUACCCGAUGAUGAACAUGGACGAGCAGACCAGCCUCUGCUUCGCGCCGUUCAAGGACGAGGCGUUCAACGCCAGCCUCCUCCGCCGUGGCGUCAGGGCCUCCGACGUCGCCUGCCUGCCCAUCUCCCUCGGCUGGUACGGCCCAGCGGAGGAGAACCGGCGACUCAUCAAGAGCCAGUGCUUCUCCACCGAGGGCACGGCCAACUUCUACAUGCGCCCCAUCGAGGGCCUCACCGUGCUGGUCGACAUGGACACGGCGGAGGUCCUCCACGUCUCCGACCGCGGCGCCGGCAUCCCCAUCCCCGCCGCCGCGAACACCGACUACCGGCACGGACACUCGGCGCCGACUCCGGCGGAGGCGCAAGCGCAGGGGCGGCACGGGUACCAGACCGUCCGCGUGCCGUCGAUGGAGCCGCCGGCGGGCGCCGGGUUCGAGCUGGUCGACGGGCACACGGUGCGGUGGGGCGGGUGGGAGUUCCACCUGAAGCCCGACGCGCGCGCCGGCAUGGUGGUGUCGCGGGCGCGGGUGCAGGACCCGGCGACCGGCGAGCACCGCGACGUGAUGUACAAGGGCAUGGCGUCGGAGCUGUUCGUGCCGUACAUGGACCCGACGGAGGCGUGGUACUUCAAGACGUACAUGGACGCCGGCGAGUACGGCUUCGGGCUGCAGGCCAUGCCGCUCGUCCCGCUCAACGACUGCCCGCGCCACGCCCGCUACCUCGACGCCGUCUUCGUCGCCGCCGACGGCCGCCCCUACGUGCGCGAGAACAUGAUCUGCGUCUUCGAGCGCUACGCCGGCGACAUCGCGUGGCGACACUCCGAGAGCCCCAUCACCGGCAUGGACAUAAGGGAGUCGCGGCCGAAGGUGACGCUGGUGGCGCGCAUGGCGGCGUCGGUGGCCAACUACGACUAUAUCGUCGACUGGGAGUUCCAGAUGGACGGCCUCGUUCGCAUCAAGGUUGGGCUAAGUGGGAUCCUCAUGGUGAAGGGCACCCAGUACUCCCACAUGAACCAGGUCCAUCAAAAUGACAAUAUGUACGGCACCCUUCUGUCUGAGAACGUUAUUGGCGUCAUCCAUGACCACUUUGUCACUUUCCGGCUCGACAUGGACAUUGACGGCGCCGACAACUCCUUCGUCAAGGUGGCGAUGGCACGACAGAACACCGGCGCCGGCGAAUCCCCUCGUAAGAGCUACCUGAAGGCUACCCGACAUGUCGCAAGGACGGAGAAAGAUGCCCAGGUCCGCCUGAAGCUAUAUGAGCCAUCCGAGUUCCACAUUGUCAACCCCAUGAAGAAGACACGAGUUGGGAACCCUGUUGGUUAUAAGGUUGUCCCAGCCGGUACUGCAGCUAGCCUGUUGGAUCCAGAGGACCCACCUCAGAAGAGGGGUGCAUUCACAAAUAAUCAGAUUUGGGUGACACCCUACAACAAAACAGAGGAAUGGGCUGGUGGUCUAUUUGUCUACCAGAGCAAAGGGGAGGACACACUUGCAACUUGGUCCGAAAGGGACCGUCCGAUCGAGAACAAGGACCUGGUGCUGUGGUACACGCUGGGGUUUCACCAUGUCCCGUGCCAGGAGGACUUCCCCAUCAUGCCCACGGUGUCGUCCAGCUUCGACCUUAAGCCAGUGAACUUCUUUGAGAGCAACCCCAUCCUAGGGCAGCGUCCGACCCAGGAGAACGACCUGCCGGUGUGUGCCGCCGCUGCCACGACCUCUUGAGACGACAGCGGAUCACCGACAUGUGUGCGUGCAUGGUCGAUGCUUCGGUGUAUCGAUCUACUGAUAUGGAUUGUUCAUAGUGAAAGAAUGUAUCGGUACAUCUACGGAUUUGGAGCUAGCCAUGGCUGGCUAUCUAUGUUGCUCUAUAUAUGUAUGAGCGGAUGUAUGUGCACUGCAGUGGUAUGAACAUAAUUGAGAACCUGAAAGGAGCAGGCUUCAAGGCUGCACUCAA